AUGCCAUCUAUCUACAACUCUGGGAUCAGCGCGUGCGAGAAGGGCGGGCAGUGGCAUCCGGCGCUGGCACUGCUGAGCGAGAUGUGUGAGGCGAAGCUAGAGCCCAACGUCAUCAUCUACAGCGCUGGGAUCACCGCGUGCGAGAAGAGCGGGCAGUGGCAGCUGGCGCUGGCGUUGUUGAGCGAGAUGUGGGAGGCGAAGCUGGAGCCCAACGCCAUCAGUUACAGCGCUGGGAUCAGCGCGUGCGAGAAGGGCGAGCAGUGGCAGCGGGCGCUGGCACUGCUGAGCGAGAUGCGGGAGGCGAAGCUGGAGCCCAACGUCAUCUAUCCUACAAUGCUGGGAUCAGCGCGUGCGAGAAAGGCGAGCAAUGGCAGCGGGCGCUCGCACUGCUGA